CGUGCCUCCUCCCCUCGCUCGAAUGACUCGGCCGCGCCAUGACACUCGAGAGCGCCCUACGAGACUGUCACGUUCAAAAAUAGAACAGUUUUUUUUUAAUUACAAUAACUGGUCGAAGGACAUACUGGAUUAUUUACGCGGUGUUAUAGGUUAGCCGACGAUAAGGCUUUAGGGCCUCAAAUCAGACAAACUGGCGAUAAAUUGGUGGAAAGAGCCGGACAUGGGAGUGCCGGCGGGCGAGCGGGAAGGAUGUGCUGCGGCGCGGAUGUGGCGCGGCGCUUGCGGCACGCUGGUGGCGCCCGGCGCGGACGACGCUUGGAAACUGAUCGUGGAUUCCUCUCCUCCUGACGCCACAUGGCACUCUCUGAGAAACUGUGUAGCUUAUCAGGCGGGAGUCUGGUCAAAUCUGCUAGCAAAAGGCAUCGACGAUGUGAUCCAACCAGCCGCAUUCAAACUGGCGAUCGUUUUGCGACAUACGCCUUCGGAGUUGGUAGUGAGGCUGCUCACUGAUUUGUUGCGUCUGCAUCCUCAGUCGCAAGACCUGACGUCGUACGUGCUGGCGCUGCUGACGGACGACGAGGCGCAGUUCUGCGGCAGCUGCGCGCGCUCGGCGUCGCCGUCCGCGCCGCCCGCGCCCGCGCCGCUCCGCGACCUGCAGCUCUUCGGGGACUGCGAGCUGGCCGGUCGAGAGAUACAUUCAUUUAUUGUAGUUUUUAUUCUUCAGGAAUUCCAAAAUUUGUUGGCUGCGUCGAGAGAAGAAUAUGAUGCUCAUGCUAAAUUAGUGAGAGCAGAGUAUUCUAAGUUGACGCAAGAAAAUUAUGUAGAGUUGAGAGUUAAGGUUCUGAACCAGUUUUCCCAAAUACCGAAGCUAUACCACACCCCAGAGUUCGAAUGCUUCGAAUCUGCGGCCAGAGAAAAUAUUGAAAGAGAAAUAUGUACGUUGCGGGAACACUUGCUAACUGGAAGAAAAGACUAGAAGUUUCUACACACUAUGAGUUAUUUAUUACCUUUGUGUCGGACGUUGAUGUAUGGCUGUUUUGUCUUCAUAAUUUCGCAUGUGCGAUGUACCUAGUUACAAGAUGAUAUUAUUUAUUUAAAUUGGACGGUAAUGACGGCGCGUCCAAUUAGCAAAAAGUCGAAAAAGCAUUUUAUCACGCUGACUUAUUCGAAUAAAAUUGAUUGAUAGCACGUUUAUGAAAAUAAACUUCGUUAUUCAUUAAACAUGGAUUGCAGAUCGGAUCGAUAUACAAAAUUAAUGUUAGAGCUUUGUAUGCCAGAUGCCCAUAAAGCAACACACGGAAGACCGGUGUUGCUCUAUGGGCAGAUGCCAGAAUAGAUUCUGGCAUACAAGAAAUAAUACUUUUCUUUCCGUUAUUUUUUAAAGCUGACUAUAAUAACUAGGGGUACCCACCAGAUUGUAUAAACUGUGAUCUGUUUGUAAUAAAAUAGGUUUUGCGGAAUUGAAGUAAGAAUUUAUACCAUAAUUUUGUUUUUAGCAGAAGUUCAAUGUAUCUUCAUAGUUAACAUCUAUAGUUACAUCAGUAAUUUUAUUACCUAUAUAAACAAAAAUGUCUGCACAGAAUUAGGCAACGUACCUUUAGACAUUCUGCUGAAUUAAUAAUGUUAUUCUUUGCCUUGCUAGUGUUGCAAUUUCUAAAAAUAGUAUUAUGUAUUGGCUUAGAUAAAAUAUUUUUAUUGAUUAUUUUAUAAAAAGCUCAAUUGAUAAGGAUCUUAAAAUGUACAAAUAUUCAUUAUAAUAAUAAUAUUUCAUUAAAUUUCACUAAUUAUCAUCGAUAAUUAAGAAUAUUGAUUUUUUAAAGCUAGGUAUUUUAUUUAAUAAUUUUGUCUAAGUAAGUUUCAUCCAUUCAUUAUUAUGUAAGUAAAUUAAUAAAGACAAUUAGACAUGCUAAUGAAUAUGACAAAGUCGUUAAACGUGUGUGUAGUCAGUGUGUAGUCUUAAACGCUGCAUUUAUGCGCUCUUUUGUCUCUUGUAAAGUCUGUUUAAAUAGUACCUAUUCGCCUUAUAAUAUUUGUUAUUAAUGUGUGUUACUGAAAAUAAAAUUUAUUUUAUUUC